UACUUCCAUGGCAAUAGAGAUUGAUUAGAGAAUCCCAACCCAACACAACACACUGACAUGAGAACAAGAUAAGACCUUCCCAAUCAAAAAACCACCUCAAAAUUAAGCAACCAAAACUCCAUUGCAACACCAACAACAACAAUGUCUUGCUCCAACCUCACCAUGUUGGUGUCUUCCAAGCCUUCUUCUCUAUCUGAUGCCUCUAACCUCUCCUUCCGUUCUAUCCACCUCAACCCUUUUCAGCUCCCUUCACAAAACUCACCCCCUUCACGCAUCUCUGUUUCCCCUGUUCAGUGUGGCCUCAGAGAGCUCAGAACCCGUAUAGAAUCCGUGAAGAACACCCAGAAAAUCACAGAGGCAAUGAAGCUUGUGGCUGCUGCAAAAGUCAGAAGAGCUCAAGAAGCUGUUGUCAAUGGAAGACCCUUCUCAGAGACCCUCGUUGAAGUCCUCUACAGCAUCAACGAGCAGCUCCAAACUGAAGAUGUCGACGUCCCUCUCACCAAGAUCAGACCUGUGAAGAAGGUUGCCCUGGUCGUCUGCACAGGAGAUCGUGGACUCUGCGGUGGAUUCAACAACUUCAUCUUGAAGAAAGCGGAGGCCAGAAUCAAAGAGUUGAAGGAACUUGGUCUCGAGUACACCAUCAUCAGUGUCGGCAAAAAGGGUAACUCUUACUUCAUUCGUAGACCUUACAUUCCAGUUGAUAGAUUUCUUGAAGGUGGCACGCUUCCCACUGCCAAAGAGGCUCAAGCUAUUGCAGAUGAUGUUUUCUCACUGUUUGUGAGUGAGGAGGUUGAUAAGGUUGAGCUCUUGUACACAAAGUUUGUGUCGUUGGUGAAAUCAGACCCUGUGAUUCAUACUCUGCUUCCUCUGUCACCGAAGGGAGAAAUCUGUGACAUCAAUGGGAACUGUGUGGAUGCUGCUGAGGAUGAGUUGUUCAGGUUGACAACCAAGGAAGGGAAGUUGACUGUGGAGAGAGAUACCAUUAGGACUAAAACUGCAGAUUUCUCACCGAUUUUGCAGUUUGAGCAGGACCCUGUUCAGAUCCUUGAUGCUCUGCUUCCUCUGUAUUUGAACAGUCAAGUGUUGAGGGCGUUGCAGGAGUCACUGGCGAGUGAGCUUGCUGCGCGAAUGAGCGCGAUGAGUAAUGCGAGUGAUAAUGCUAGUGACUUGAAGAAGAGCUUGUCAACUGUGUAUAACAGGCAGCGUCAGGCGAAGAUCACAGGAGAAAUUCUGGAAAUUGUUGCUGGUGCUAAUGCUCUUGAAUAGAACAGAACAGAACAGAACACUCUUCUUCUCUCUGUCUCAUGAUCCAUGCUUGGAUUUCUUUGUAGAUGUGCAAACUUUGUGCGCGAGGAAAACUGCAAUUCAAUCUAAACGGACUCUGUUUUUGUUCUCUCCUUUUUCUCUCUUCUAAAUUAUAUAUAUGUAAUAAUUGAUCAAUAUAGUGAUUCAGAGUGUUAGCUCUGUUGAUUU